AUGCGCUUCCUCGUUGAUACGGGCGCGGAAGUAGGCGUCAUACCCGCCGACAAAUUUUCACGCCGACCCCGAGAGCAAUGCUUCAGCCUAAGAGCCGCCAACGCCUCUACCAUACCCGUUUACGGCCAACGGUCUCUAACCCUCAACAUCGGGCUCCGAAGAGAUUUUAGGUGGCUUUUUCUUGUCGCCGACGUCACCCAAGCAAUCCUCGGAGCAGACUUUCUCAACAGUUUCAAGCUGCUCGUCGACGUCAACGGCUGGCGCCUCAUUGACCGCUCAACGUCCCUGUCAGUCUGCGGCCUUAACCUCCCUGCACCACCAUCCCGCGUACUAUCUUGCACUGCGCCGGACAUCCCCUUCGCCUCUAUCCUGAAGGAUUUCCCUGCGUUGACUCAACCACCCGACUGGAUGAAACCCGUACAACACGAUGUUGUUCACCACGUUUCCACCCGUGGCCCACCAGUUCACUUCCGCCCGCGGCGCCUCGCACCCGAAAAGUUCCGCGUGGCAAAGGCAUAA